AUGUUUUAUCCACGAGCCAGCAUUCGUCCGAGUCCUGUUCUCUUAUUACCUGCUUUUCCUUCACAACUGGGAUGUCGUUUUGCAUUUCCUUUUCAACCAUCCUCAAUUUCGACAAGUGCUUCAAUUCUCAAUUUUAACACAAGUGCUAAUGCAACAUCGUCUAGUUUGACAGAAGCCUUACCAUUAUCAGAACUAGGUCGAGAUGACUAUUUUUGUGUUGAUCCGAGUAGUUUGAGUGUUGAACAGUUGAGUGAAUACAAACGAGAAAUGACAAAAUUAAUUGAAACAGAACAAAAUAAUCUAGAUCGCACAUUAAUCGAUGCAGCAAAUAGAAUUAAUGCAUAUCGACAGGGUGUAGUUUUAGCUCAAGAAACUAUCAAAAAUAACAAUGCUCAUCCAAUUGUUGUGCCUCAAUCAACAUUUUUGCCAAAUUUUAGAUACGAUGCUGAUGGUGAAACUUUACUUUUUUUUUAA